AUGGUUGGUGUUGGUGAUGAUGCUGAUAUGAAAAAAAUCAAAACUGAAUUGAAUGAAAUCGAUUUCAAGAAGAAUCUGUCAGCUCAAACGACGUCCUUAAAUGUGAGUGUACUGAGCUCUUUGCAAAUCGUCAUCAUCAAAGUUCAAACCUCCAACGCUGAAGAUGCGGUUACGCUUAAGCGCACAGUGAAGAAGAUAUCGAUGUUGAGCUCGGCUAAUAUCGAAACUGAAUGGGAAUAUGUGGAUGAUUCGAUGGGAAAAAGUUUUAUUACACCGGAGAUUGAAGAAAUGUGA